CAAGACUUUUUUUGCAAGCGAGCCUGAGAUCUAUGCCUGCCGUGACGGACUGGGAACAGUAAGCCAUUCAACCAUCUAGGUACCCAACAUUGCUGGUGUAGGUAUCUAUAGAUAUCCAUGUAUUACGAGAGAAGCACGCUUUAUGGUCGUCCAUGGCUGUUUAUCGCCAUGCACGGCUCUCUGUGCCCGAAGAUUUCCCUCUAUCAAGCUCAAGAAGCUCACAAUAGUAGUGGUCAAGAAACAAUCAGACAGCAACCAGAACCAAUAGACUCAGCCUAUCAGUCGUGACCAUGAGUGGCCGUUUGCCAUUUUUCGCUACGUGCAACCAGGUGCUCGCGAUUCCAACCAUGCACCCCACAUCUUCCUGAUCCCAACCGUAACGAUGAUGAUGACGAUCCAUAUUUAUUCUGAUGAAACCGAUUUGUCAACCUUGUCCGUGUUCAGCGGCAUGAUCCCAUCGCUCGUUUGCACAACGUUCUCCACCAACAGCUCCCCAUCGUCCCUCGUUUCAAGCGUCGCUCCACAACGACGUUGCGUCAUGAGAUAACCCCUCACAGCAACUAUUGGAAUGAACAAAAUGGCACCGGUCCAAUUUUGGAAAGCCACAAUUCACAGGAACAUGUUUGCGGAAACUUGCCCAAAGUAGCCCCCCUCAAAGACGAUUCUAGAUCUUGUCCCAAACGGUAAACAGAGCAGAACAUACAAGUUUUUAGCAUGAUCUUGGCAUCCGAGAUGCACGGUCACGUUGGGCAAGGGACGCAACCAAACCCGAUUUGUUUGCCGUCUCGUGGGUCAACCCAAUCAGCGUCCUUCCAGUUCUGGGUAAAGUUCGUCCAUCGGGAAAACGACGACGGUCCCCAACCCACAAAGCCUAGUAUCUACGAGUGGUUUGGUCAUCACUAAUUUUAAACACUCUUUUAACACUCUUUUCUGCACGAUUCGUCGUAACACUACCGUUUUUGAAUUGACGGCCCUGUCGGCCAAGUUUGCCAUGCCAAGCCAUGGAAGAAGUGAUCCUGCCAAAUGGAAUCAAAUGACACGACUAUGAAUCCGCCAUUACGACCAUGUCAUUGCAGUAACUGUACGAAAUGUUGGUUCCAGUGCAACCGGGCCGGGACAUACAAGACUUUUUGCAGCCAUCUCCAAACCUGACGACGGGCCAUUCCAUUUAUCUAUCGUCCCAGUGGGUUCCAGCCAGAAGCGUCCUUGCCUUAAGGGCCCGAGCAGGGUACCGUACCGGAGUGCCAGCCGCAAACAAAAGCACGGCGCCUUUUGGUGCAAAUCUACGUCCAACUGUUCCUGCUGGGCUAGCUAGCUAGCUAGCCCGUUUCACCGAACUGAUACACCUACCAGUAGGUUGGAAUACUGCAGAAACAAGCUUGUUCCCAAGGGGUUGUGGUUUUUACGAGACCAGAGCCCUCUCCGUGUGCUCGCUGAUUAGCUAGCUGGCCAGUGUCUUUUGCUCGACUGAAUUGAAUCGCUUUCUCUUGGAGCAACGAGCAACACCACCAGCUCUUUUGGUGGACUCUUGUCAAUAUUAACUCCCAGGAUAGGUGUCUCGGUUCCGAGUUGCAAUACUCCGUGUGGAAUUUCCCACGGCCGGAGAACACGCUGGUUGUUGCAGGUUGUCAAACGAUUUUCGGUAAAAUCAUAGGUGCCUUGACUCUUAAAAGGCUUUUCUCAAGUACUGGACUGCUCCACUUAACAACAGGGACCGAAAAGAUUACAACCCUCCGCUCCUAUUACCGUAAGCCACACAAUCAAGCAAUCAAGCAGGUUUGCUCACUCGUGUGGUGGUUCUUGUGUCCAUGCAGAAAAGCAGCCCUCACAAUUCAAAAAGAAAUUUGCCUCGUUUGCACAUACCUUGUCAUCAACCUGGCUUGGGAAGGAACAGCCAGUCAAAGGUUUGCAGAGUCUCUCAUUUGGUCUUAUCUCGUCUAGUCUUUCAGAAUCGAAGCUUCUGAAGAUCGUAGAGAGGUCUUUCAAACAAGAUGAACCGAUCUGAAAUAACAUUGCCUCCAUCCGAUAUCCACGCCGUAAAGGUCGACGACGGAGUCGGCUUGGAAGCUGCCAACGAUACAGGAAUGACUGCUUCUCGAAAACCAGUCUUUGCUCCGUGGACUGCUGCUACCCAAUGGGUCCAUGGUGGCAUGACAAAGGCUGUUGUUGCUUCCUCCCUUUUUGCUUCUCGCCGUCCCAAAACCUUUGUGUAUGGAAUUUCUUUUCUAAGUUUGGCGCUAAUCACUGUGGGGUUCUUUACCAACUUUGAGCUGGUACUGGAAUUCGAUGCGGUCUUCACACCCACUGGAAGCCAACCAGCCAUGCACAAAGAUUGGGUGUACUCGGACGAAGGAUUCCCUGAUACUGUCCGCAAGAUUGCACUCAUGAUGCACAAGGAUGGAGGCAAUGUCUUGACCACGGGGGCAAUGGAACGGGUGUUCUUGGGCGUUGAUACAAUCCGGGACACGGAGGGAUACAAUGAACUCUGCCUCCAGGGCACGUACAUAGACUUUGAAGGAGUCAAGACAUGUCGUGUCCUCAGUGCUACGGGCUAUUUCGAUCACCAUGAGCUGGAUGUCUUUCAAGAGCAAGUGCACUCUGAUGAGGAAUUGCGCCAGGCACUUUCACCCUUUGAGUUUGCCAAUGGCUCUCCAGUGUACCAUGACUCAAUUCUCGGCAACUGGAAGAAGGAUGCCACUGGAAACUUGACUUCUGCCCAAUCCUUCCUCGUCACAGUGGAGAUUCCCGAUGUAGAUGACAGCAAUGCCUUUGAAUCCAAAAUGCUCGAGCGCUUGGAUGACCUCCGCAGAGAAUGGAGCCAAAAAGACGAAGAAUCCGGUGACAAAAUCUUGGAAAUGGACAUUAUCACAAUCUAUGCCUAUGAGGUCGAGUAUCAAAGAGCCAUAGAAGCUGACUUGUGGCUCGUCCCUCUGGUGGGAAUCAUGAUGUGCUCUUUUGUGGCCGUGACCUUUGCAUCUUAUGGAUUUGGCCACGUGCAUGCCAAGUCUCGGACUUUGCUUGGGGCUUUGGCCGUCUUGACUAUCAGCAUGUCGUUCAUGGCGGGCACUGGGCUCAUGUUCCUGUGUGGAGUUCCUUUCACGAGCAUCACACAGAUUCUACCUUUCGUAAUCUUUGGCAUUGGACUUGAUGAUACCUAUAUCAUUGCAGGCGCAUACUUUCGAACAGACCCAACGUUGGACGUGCUGGAACGUAUCCGAAUCACCAUGGUUGAGGUAGCCCACAGCAUUUCGUUGACUACCAUCACAACAAUAUUUGCCUUUCUCCUUGGACUCAUGUCCAGCUUGCCAGGUGUGCGGUGGCUUUGCAUGUACGCCUUUACUACCAUCUUUAUUGACUUCGUCUUCCAAAUCACGUUGUUCCCUGCAUUCAUUGUCUUGGAUGAACGACGAAUCCAAGCAAAGAAGCGAGAUUGCUGUUUUUGGCUUCCCGAAAAGCAAACAGAGGAUGAUGAGGAAGUCCAAGAGGACUCCACAAUGCCUGCUAUCAAGGACGCUGCUCUGGAAACGGAGGGCUCGGCUGGCAGUACCACCUCUUCUGAGAACUCUGAGACUUGUACCAAGAGCAUACCAGAGCGCAUCAUGAGUACCUACGCCGAAAUUCUGUUGCGGCCACACAUGAAAGCUCUUGUUCUUGUGCUGUUCGGGGCUUUAUUUGGAUGUUGUGCUUAUAGUGCAACUCUCUUGACGCAAGAGUUCAAGGUUGGAGAUUUUGUGCCAGAUGACAGCUAUCUCAGAGAUGUGCUCAACUCUUUUGAAAACUAUGCCUCAGUGGUUCGUCCAAUUGCUGUGUACUUUCGAAAUAUCGAUCAAACAGAUCCGGACAUGCAGGCCCAGAUGGUUCAAUAUGUCAACGACCUUGAGUCUUUGGAAGAGCUCAGCAGCAGUACAGUCAACCUGACAGGGGUAGACGGAGCCCCAGCCACGGACGUGAAACCGUUUUGCUGGGUGAGGGAUUUCCAGCAGCUGGCUACGGAGUUUUCCGACCAGCCAGAGUUUGCCUUCAUUCAGAACCUCACCUUCAUUGAACAGUUGAACCUGGCUCUUGCACAACCCACUGUACGAGAGAUCUAUGGCCAAGACAUCGUGCGAGAUGAGUCUGGAAACAUCACCGCGUCGCGAUGUUGGCUCUUCCUUACUGACAUUGAUUUGGAUUCUGUGGAAGCACAGAUUGACCUGCUGCAUAAGCAAAGGGCGGUAGGCGCAACACAACCAGCAAAUUUGGGCAAGCCCAAGGGCGGAUGGUCAUUCUUCUUCUUUGAUGAGAUGCUCUUCUACUGGGAAGCAUAUGAUGUCUCGGUGAAGGAGCUGUACUUCACAGUUGUCUCUGGGGUUGUUGCUUUGACUGUCAUUGCCUUUGUUCUAAUUCCACACUGGACUGCUGUGUGCUUUGUAACACCCAUGAUUGUCAUGUUAUAUGUGAAUUUUCUUGGAACGCUGCAGUUCUUUGGUCUCCACAUCAACGGUAUCUUUUACAUAUGUGUGGUUGUGUCGGUUGGUCUCUUGGUGGACUUCUUAUUGCACAUCCUUAUGAGAUACUAUGAGACUUCACCCGACAAGACCCGGAAUGAACGCGUCAAGGAGACACUCGAGACCAUGGGGGCAUCCAUCAUGCUGGGAGGUUUGACAACUUUUCUUGGAAUCGUACCUCUGUGCAUCUCCUCUACCAAGAUCUUCAUGACUGUCUUUUUGGCCUUCUUUGGAAUGGUUGUACUUGGGAUUGCUCAUGGUUUGAUUCUCUUGCCUGUGAUAUUGUCAUUGGUGGGGCCCAGGACAGGCUUGGUUGCUCUUCACAGCAGUAGCAAUGGACAUGCAGAGGUUCUGGCUGCGGACAGUGAGCAAACCAAAAAGCGAAAAAACACUCAUCCUCAACAUCAAUCAACCAUGGCUUCGUUUUCCACCGAUUCCAUCAAACAGGAAGCCUCCAGCAGCCAUGGCAACGAAGCACAGGUUGUGAUGCGACCUCCUUUGGGGAAGGCAACAACUCAUGGAAUCUUGGACGAUAUCUCAGAUGAAAUCUCGGUUUAGUUAGAAAGCAUACGUUCAUCUAGCACAUAGUUUAAUUGCUCAAAGAAAAGCGCAGGCUGCAACAAAAGCGCAGCAAGCACUGCAUUAGCCUUUGACCGGGGUGAAGGUCCA